AUGUUCAAGUUGGUGGUGUUGUCUUGCUUGUUGUCAGUUGCAUUCGCUGGUCUCAUUCAUCAUGAACCUGUUGUUAGCCAUGUCGCUCAAGUGAAGACCAUUGUUGAACCACAUUUAUCAGUUGUUGAAACUCCAACUGUCAACCAUGUCGGAUCAGUCGUUAAGAACAUCCCAACUGGUGUCUCACAUCACAGCUCAUCAGUCGUUCACUCAGCUGCUCCAAUUGUUCAACCCGUCUACGCUCAUGGAGUCGAAAAAUCAGUUGUCUCAACACCAAUCGUCAAGAAUGUCGUUGAACAUGUUCCAGUCGCUGCUCCAGUCGUCAAGGUCGCUUACACUCAACCAAUUGUAGCUAAAGCCGCUUACGUUCAAGCUCCAGUUGCUUACUCAGCACCACUUGCCUAUGCCGCACCAGCAGCUUACUCAGCUCCAAUUGCUUAUGCACCAAAAACUGUAAGCUAUGCAUCUUAUGCUCCAUCAUAUGGCUCUUACCCAGCAGCCUACUCUGCACAUCCAGUUGCCACUUCAUACUCAGCUCUUCCAUACUCACACCACGCUUGGUAA